UGUAUGGAAAACUGGAGGUAGUAAAAUUGCUUUUAGAUUAUGGUAUUGACCCUAGGCUUGUGAAUCCUAGAUCAGGGCAAACAGUAUUUGAUGUUUUAGUAGACUUAAAUACUUCUAUUGCCAAGCAAAUUGAAGAAGUGAUCAGAGAUCACAUGACUUUGAUGAAGCUGGAAAUUGGCAGUAGUGAAUCGAUUCUGCAACCACAACCACAAGGAUAUCUGAAUUCUGUCUUUGAACCCGUAACACCUGAACGGUGCAGUUUAUCUGAAAUUACUCCUCCAAGGCAAUUUUGUUCACCCAGUCUUGAUGACAGUUUAUAUGACAUUCCACCACCUCCCAAACCUAUAAAUCAGAGCUCUCUAAGGAUGAACAGUAUGAGUUCACUCACAUCUUCACACUCUCAAGAUUCUUGUUUUGAUCAAACAUCCUGUGGUAGCUGCAGUCCUUCAAAAUGUGAUCCAUCAGAAUCAUCUGUGUUUGAAAAUAAUAUUUAUCAAUAUGUGGAAAGUGACAGUUUGUAUUAUGAAAUUCCCCCUCCCCCAUCUUUUUUUUCAACUAAACGGUUUUCUGAUCCUUUGCAACAGUGCCCUCACUAUGAAACAAUAUAUGGUCGUGAUUGUAAAAAAGAAGUAUCGUUUGAUCUAUUUGAUAAUACAGAAGUUUCAUCUUCCAAACAUUCUUCUACCUUUACUCUUAAAAGCAAUUACAUUCCAAUGCUUCCAGUGUCAUCUAGUGGAAACCGUCCUCAGCCUCCUGCUAAACCCCCUAGGAAAUCUGUUAGUCCGCUCUCAGCUGAUGCAAAAAGUUCAUCAUCUCAAAGGAAUAGUUGUGAAUCAAUUUGUUUUGCUACCAGUGAAAUACAGAAACGCCCAAAAAAGAUUUGUGAUCAGAAUGAAAAUAAUCAAGCAGGAUUAAAUUGUUUCAAGUCAGUUGAUCCAUCUGAGUAUGUUGAUAUGAGUCUUGUAAAUAGAUCUAUAGCAGCUUAUGAAAAUCAUGAUAUUAUAUGUUCCAAUGGAUUGGAUGUUGAUAAAAAACAUUCUGCUGUUAAAAACAUUAUGUGCUCUGAUAUCACAUCAGGAAAAAGUUCUGAUGUGUUACCACUUACGUUUAUUUGUGAAGAUGUGCAUAGAAAAGCUGGUUCUUUCAAUAAUCUUAUGCCAUCUAAAAGUACGCCUGCAUUACAUGCAUCAAAACAUACUUUAGAUCAAGCACUAAAGGAAUUUCAGCAGCAAAAACCCAUUAAUGCAAAUGUAAAGAAAAGAGCUUCAACACAAUUGCCUAUAAGCCCAACUGGUUACCAACAGCCCCCAACACCAGAUAAUCCUCCACCAUCUCCAGGAACAGCUGAAAUAGGCAUACAUGAAAAAAUUCAUCCAGUACAGGCACCAAAGAAAUUGUCAUCACGUGACAUUGAUACUUUGACUGAUGAGCAACUUGUAGCCACAAUAGGUCCACAUGGAGAAUUUGAACUUACUUUAGCAACCGAUAAUAAGUGCAUAUCUACAGAAAAUGAUUGCAGUCCUUUUGCUGGUCUCCAUCAUGGGUCUGUCUCUGCAACUAGAGGUGAGAAACUAAGCAAAUCUCGAACCAUAUAUGAAAAUGUUCAAAUAGCAAUGGAAGAAGAUAGGAAUAAAAUAAUAUUAUCAAGCGAAUGCAGUGAUAUGAAAGAAAAUAACUGUGGAUGCUUGUCUGUAAUGAGUCCAUUUGAUGAAAAGGCUGAAUGGGCUGAAAUUGCAGAUAUCAUGGCUUCAUUUGGUGGUAGCAUUACAAGAGAGUCACGUUUUGUUGAAUCUCACUUUGCUCAAGCAUUUAAAUCAGAGCCUAGACCAAAUCAACAGUGUUUCAGCUGUGUGGAGCAGUGGCUUUCUCACAUUGGUUUGUCUAAAUAUGAAAAUGUCCUAAUAAUCAACGGAUUUGAUGAUGUUAAUUUCUUGGGAGGAAACAUAAUUGAAGAUGCAGAUUUGAUUGAAAUUGGUGUACAGAAUGAAAAGGAUCGCAAUAAGCUCUGUGCAUUUGCUCAGAAAUUACCAUCAGUGAUACCUCUCAGUAAAAUGAGAGAAAAUGGAAGUUUUCCUCAGUCUGUUGAUGAAUGGUUGAAUUCAAUUAAUCUGUUGGAAUACAGUGAUAAUUUUGCUAAUAAUAAUAUAACUGAUAUGGAACGAGCCUUAAAACUGUGGGAAGUAGAACUCAAUACUGUUUUAAAAAUUUCCAAGAUUGGUCACAGGAAACGCAUAUUAGCAUCUCUUGGUGAUAAACAUUUUGAUGAAGUAAUUGGUACAAAUGAACUUGACAUUUCCAAACUUACUUUAGAUCUUGCAGAACUUGAUGUUGUUGAUAACGUAAAUAAAAAAUACAACAUGCUAAAAGGAUCCAGGGAAAUAGUUGAUGAUUCUACACCUGACUCUUCAUCCAAGUUGUACUUAAGGAUACGAUCACCUACUCAAUUAAUGAGUGAUUCACAAUAUCCCGAAAUGGGUGCUCAACAGUCAAACAUUAAAGCACAGUGGUGUCAUCGUCCUGAUGAACUUGUGAAGUACAGCUUUAACUACAUUGCAAAGUACUUAGGAUCAACUUUGGUGAAAGAAUUACAUGGUCUGGAAUCAACACGAAAUUCUAUUCAGAAGCUUAAAUCUUCAACUAAAGACAUUGCAAAAAUUCCAGAUAUAUUGCUAUCCAUUUCUUAUUCAGGUGUAAAAUUCAUAGAUAAUAAAACUCGGCAACUUGUUUGUGAACAUGAAAUUAGGAAUAUUCAUUGUGCUUGUCAAGAUGCUGAUGAUUUGCAUCAUUUUGCAUACAUAACAAAAGAACACCAGACUCACAAUCAUUAUUGUCAUGUGUUCUCAUCCUAUACUGUGGAUCUGGCAUCUGAAAUUAUAUUGACUCUUGGUCAAGCUUUUGAAGUUGCUUAUCAAAUAGCAAUGAAAGAAAAGGCUGAAAGGACUUGGAAUUCGGAUUCCAAGAAUUCCCAAGUUGCCAAAGAUUUGUCAUGA